GCAUAAAAUAAUGGAAAUGCCGAAAACAAAAAAUUAAACACCGCCAAAUAACAAAACGCAAUUUUUCAAUUUACAAACAAGUCCUUCUUCCUUCUCACUCACACUAACACACUCAUUUCCAAAAUCUAGGGUUUUCAGUUUUCACAUUUCUCUCAGAUUAGGGUUUCUCAUUCUCUCACAAAUCAUCAAUGGCAGCGAUCGCAGCUCCACAACACCGAUCUUCUAAGACGGAAUCAUACACAGACAACAAACGCAAAGAAGAUGUCCGUCAAGCCAACAUCAUCGCCGCACGUUCAGUCGCCAACGCCGUUCGCACCAGUCUCGGCCCUAAGGGAAUGGACAAAAUGAUUUCAACUUCCAAUAACGAAGUUAUCAUCACCAACGAUGGCGCAACAAUCCUUCACAAGAUGCAGGUUCUUCAACCCGCCGCAAAAAUGCUCGUUGAACUUUCCAAAUCUCAAGACUCCGCCGCUGGUGAUGGAACAACCACCGUUGUUGUUAUCGCCGGUGCACUUCUCGAGAAAUGUCUCCUUCUUCUCUCUCACGGUAUUCACCCUACUGUUAUCUCCGAUUCACUCCAUAAAGCUUCUGUUAAAGCCGUUGAUGUUCUCACUGCCAUGGCUGUUCCUGUUGAACUCACCGAUCGUGAUUCUCUUGUCAAAUCCGCUAGCACGUCAUUGAAUAGCAAGGUUGUUAGUCAAUACUCAUCUCUCCUCGCUCCUAUGGCUGUGGACUCUGUUCUCUCUGUUAUUGAUCCCGCGAAACCGGAAAUGGUUGAUCUCCGUGAUGUUAAGAUCGUUAAGAAGCUCGGUGGAACUGUCGAUGAUACUGAGCUUGUUAAGGGUUUGGUUUUUGAUAAGAAGGUUAGUCAUGCUGCUGGUGGACCUACUCGGAUGGAGAAUGCUAAGAUUGCUGUGAUUCAGUUUCAGAUUUCGCCUCCUAAGACGGAUAUCGAACAGAGUAUUGUGGUAAGUGAUUACUCUCAAAUGGAUAGGAUUUUGAAGGAAGAGAGGAGUUAUAUUCUAGGAAUGAUUAAGAAGAUUAAGGCAACAGGUUGUAAUGUGUUGUUGAUUCAGAAGAGUAUUUUGAGAGAUGCUGUUACUGAUUUGUCUUUGCAUUAUCUUGCUAAAGCUAAGAUUUUGGUGAUUAAAGAUGUGGAGAGAGAUGAGAUUGAGUUUAUUACCAAGACUCUUAAUUGUUUGCCUAUUGCUAAUAUAGAGCAUUUCCGUGCUGAGAAAUUGGGUUUUGCUGAUCUUGUGGAAGAGGUUUCUCUUGGGGAUGGGAAGAUUGUAAAGAUUUCUGGUAUCAAGGAUAUGGGAAAGACCACAACUGUGCUCGUUCGUGGAUCUAAUUUGCUUGUGCUUGAUGAAGCUGAGCGAAGUUUGCAUGAUGCUUUGUGUGUUGUUAGGUGUUUGGUUGCCAAGAGGUUUUUGAUUGCAGGUGGUGGUGCUCCUGAGAUAGAACUUUCGAGGCAAUUGGGUGCUUGGGCUAAGGUGUUGCAUGGGAUGGAAGGUUACUGUAUCCGUGCAUUUGCUGAGGCACUUGAAGUUGUUCCUUAUACUCUUGCUGAGAAUGCAGGUUUGAACCCAAUUGCAAUUGUUACUGAGCUGAGGAAUCGUCAUGCCAAAGGUGAGAUCAAUACUGGAAUCAAUGUCAGGAAAGGUCAAAUUACAAACAUCCUCGAGGAGAAUGUGGUGCAGCCACUGCUAGUAAGCACAAGUGCUAUCACUUUGGCAACAGAGUGUGUGCGCAUGAUUUUGAAGAUUGAUGAUAUUGUAACUGUGAGGUAGAGUUUAUUAGACAGUGACUGAAUUUUGGAGAAAAACUACUGAAUCAUCAUAUUAGGUCCUUUUUAAUUUUAAGUUGGUAGUUUAUGUUCAUUUUACUGGUUUUGGUUAAUUGAUUUUGAUUUUGGCUACUAUUUUUAUUUACAAAAUUUGGAUGUCCUUGUGGUUUUGUGAUAUUUGCUGCAUUCAUCUGAUUCUGAAACACUUGUUAAUCUGUAUUGGGAGUUUCUCUAUAGUUGAUCAUUUUUCUGAGCA